UCUCCACUGAAGCGCACAAGCUCUCACUAUAUCCCGUAGCCGCUCGGGAGACUCGUGUUGUCGCAGCACAGCCUGUCGGGUUUGGAAGAACCACUGAGAGCAGCGAUGACUGUCGAACCGAUUCGCUCGACUCUGGCCACCGUCUCGACGGACGACACCUCUCUGGUGCUGCCGAGCGACAAAAUGCAGCGGACGGGGCAGCAGCGCGUGCUGGAGCAGGUGAAGUCCAUUAAGAGAAACAAGUCGAAGAUGGUCAAGAAAGACUCCAUUCCGUCGCCAACAUCUCCGGCAUCGAUGACAGAAUACAGUGAACCUAAAUUCCAGUUCUCACCUACAAAUAUGAACGGCACACUCUUCAAAUCUAGUGGCUCCAGCAUGACGGCAAGCCACAAAAGAAUGACUGUUCGCAGCUUGUCUGUGCCCAACGCGGGGAGGUCUACUACCGUACGAAUUAACCGAGCAACUGGACAAUCCAUGAAACUCCUGGAGAAUAACCAACUGGCUCGAUCACAGACAAUCAUCAAACCUUCCCCCAUCCAAUCACAGACAGUGAGGAAAGUCAGCUUGACCAAGAGCAAAUCAGAAGCACUGGGUGCGAGUAGUGCCGAGGGAUCUUUGCCUAACAUCACUCUGCAGGAGGCAGUGGAGUUUCUGUCAAACUCAGACAUCAGCUAUCAGCUGUGUGGAGCUUCAUUCAUACAGCACCAGACCUUCACUGAAGAAAGUUCCAAACAAGAGGUUUGGCGUUUGGGCGGUAUUCCUGCUCUCAUUCAGUUGCUGAAAAGCGACAAUUCACUGCUGCACCAGACAGCCGCCGCUGCACUGCGCAACUUGGCUUUUAAAGACCACAGUAACAAGCUUGAAGUGGACCAUUGUGAAGGAAUAGAGGCCAUUCUGACCUUGCUCAGAAACAGCAACGAUACAGAAACGCAUAAACAACUUACUGGUCUGUUGUGGAAUCUGUCCUCGGCUGAUAAACUGAAGCCAGAGCUGAUCAGGAACGCCCUGCCGCUGCUUACAGAAACCAUUGUGGUGCCGUACAGCGUUUGGACUGACAGCAACACUAACAAACUAAUUGACCCUGAGGUCUUCUACAACACCACCGGCUGUGUAAGAAACCUCAGCUGUGCUAGCGAGGAUGAGAGGAUAACAAUGAGGAGCUGCCCACAACUCAUCGACUCUCUCGUGACUUACAUUCAGACUCAAAUGGAUAGAGGCGAGCCAGAUGACAAGUCGGUGGAAAACUGUGUCUGCAUACUUCAUAACUUGAGCUACCAGCUGGAGACAGAGGCUCCUGAACAAUUCAAACAGAUAUCUGUUCUUGACACGAGACCCAAAGAGAACAAUAACAAGAGCCUCUUCAGCCCUAAGUCGUCCAAGACCCAAAAGGACUUCAAAUUCCCAGCCAUGGAGAAGGAAAAACCUGAAGGAGUGAAUUGGUUGUACAACCAGAAGACCCUGCAGCUGUAUCGGUCUCUGCUGGGCUCCAGUCAGAAGGAGGCCACUCUGGAGGCGUGCUGUGGAGCCCUGCAGAACCUCACCGCUUCAAAGAGCUCUUUGUCCACACUGAUGAGUCAAAGCUUCAUAGAGAAGCUGAAUGGCCUGCCUGUCAUUUCGCCCCUGCUGAUAUCAGGAAACUCAAGCCUACAGAAGACCGCCAUGUCCUUAGUGGGCAACAUGUCCCGGGUGUCAUCUCUGCGGGGAGCUAUGGCCAAGGACGUUUUUCCUAUGGUCAGUUCUGUACUCUCUAAUGUGACGUCGAACAUGAUCAAGUCUGACAGCACCAUCGCUACAGCGUGCCGUGUGAUGCAAACGCUCAUGCUGGCAGAGCCCGAAACUAGCAAGAAGAUGAUCAGCCCGAAACUCGUCGAGUCUCUGACCGCGCUGAGCUCAAAUAUGUCAUUCGAGACAGGCAGAAAAGCUGCUGGAUUUCUUCUCUGGAGUAUGUGGGGACAAAAAGACAUCCAGAGUGUGCUGAAAAAGCAAGGGAUGAUAAAGGACACGUUUAUAAAUGACGUCACUGCUACAGCAUACGAGGCAGCAACACGCAUGAAAGCACACUAAGAGAUGUGCAAUUUUUCAGUUCUGCAGGAAGCCACAGAGUUUCAGAAUACUGCCUUCAUACAGUGGAGAUCAAAAUUAGAGAACAAUCUAUAAAUACAUGAUUUCUGAAAUAUUGUUAAUCUUCAUCCCUCAAAAUUUGAAGGAAUAUUAGCUGUGGGUAUUCCACUGUUAAACUAACAUGUUUGACAAAAUUACCAACAACAAAGUUUUUUGUUGUUGAAAGCAGUGAUCAAAUACAGUAAUCACUGUAGCACGAACGAAGAUUGUCAGAAACUGUCAGAAAUUAGUAGGAAUUGUAGAGGGCCCCUCUUUGAAUGACUUCAGCAUCUACGGCCACAGGACUUCUCUAGUUUCUCAAACUGCGCUGGUGUCUCGGUCCACUCUUCUUCCAGUCUCUGCCGAGCAGUUCCAGCUGCAGUGUUGAACCGAUUCCUUAUUGAGAGACUUUGCAUUAUUCUGUCCUCUCAUACAUUUGUCUUUUGUGGAUGACCAGCCUUUUUGAGGAACUUGAAUGAAUUAAUGUCAUUGUAAAACUGCAAUAUUCAUGAAAUCAUAGAUUUGUAACGACUAGAUUGUUGCUCCCCUAUGCCCUACUUUUCUGAAAUGCGUUGAUUUUUACAAAGCUCAUCGUUCUGAAAAACGAGGUGUACUCUGAUUGGCCAGCUAUCCAGUGCCUUGUGAUUGGCCGAAUACCUAGAGCGUGUGACGGAAAUGUUACGCCCCUUAACAUA